AUGAGAAACCAAACGGUUGAGGAGUUUCUUCUUGUUGGGUUUGAUGUCCACAGCCAACUAAAAUGUCCUCUUUUCCUGCUCUUCCUUGUGAUCUAUAUCAUAACAUUAGCUGGGAACCUUGUCAUUAUUGUGCUGGUCUAUGUCCAUGUCCAUUUGCAUUGUCCUAUGUUCAUUUUCUUAGGCAAUCUCUCCUUAUCUGACAUUCUUUUUACUACCAAUAUCGUCCCUAAGAUGCUUUCUAUAAUAUUAGGUGAAGGAGGAACCUUAUCCUUUCAUGGCUGCCUCUCACAGUUCUACUUUUAUGCUUCUGUAGGGAGUACGGAAUGCUUCCUUCUGACAGUGAUGUCCUAUGACAGAUAUUUAGCUAUUUGUCACCCAUUACAUUAUAACGUUAUCAUGAACGCUAGACUACAGAAAUGCCUGCUGGUCCUGUCAUGGCUACCCGUUUCCAUAGUGACUUUAGUGCGCAUCAUUCUUAUACAUCAGCUUGACUUUUGUGGCCCCAAUGUCAUAGAUCAUUUCUUCUGUGAUCUUGAUCCGAUUUUACAACUUUCUUGCUCAGAUACCUCAAUCAUUGAAAAUGAAGUUCUUGCUGCAUCGGUGCAUGUUAUACUUCUACCAUUCUUGUUUAUCGUUACAACAUAUGCCCGCAUCAUCCUGGCCAUUGUCCGAAUUCCAUCCAUCCAUGGAAGACAGAAGACAUUCUCCACUUGUAGUUCACACCUAAUUGUUGUGUGCACCUACUUCCUGACUCUGAUCACAGUCUAUGGCAUUCCAUCUAAAGCGCAUUCCUCUGCGGCUACCAAACUACGAUCCCUAUUGUACAUCGUGCUGACCCCAAUGUUCAACCCCAUUGUUUAUAGUCUGAGGAACAAGGAAAUCAGAUACGCCCUUCAGAAGCUAAAGACAACUGUAAAACUGAUAAGAUUCAUGUAA